AGCUUCACAGAGGUUUCUUCACCUAAUACGUUCGUUUCUGUCAGAAAAGUGGUUUGCUUUGAGGACUGUCAACAAGGCUCUCCUAAUGAUGGAGGCCACUGUGUUCUUGAGGAACUUCAAUGCUUCAGAAAUGUGUUGAUACCCUUCCUCAGAUCUGUGCCUCGGCUCAAUCCUGUCUCUGAGCUCUACGGACAAUUCCUUCGACCUCGUGGCUUGGUUUUUGCUCUGACAUGCACUGUCAACUGUGGGACCUUUAUAUAGACAGCUCUGAAGAGGGGUGAUAGCCAAAACCUAAAAGAAUUAGAGGAGAGAGGAAUACCAAACAACUGCAUACAAUACCAAUACCCCCAUCCAAGAUGAGGCGAGCCAGCCGCGGAGGGGACGAGACCGCUCCUCCCCGUCAGAACGGUGUGCCCGGGGGUAAAGGUGACGGCAGGGCAGCGGAGCGUGGGGAUACAGCGGCAGCCGUCGGCGGUGAUGAUGAUGAGGCCGGGUGCAGCCCAGCAGACAUGCAGGAUGAGGACAAUGAUCCGGCGCGGAGGAGAGAGAUCAGGAGCAAGUACAGGGACCUCAUCAACUCUGUUCAACAGAACAGAGAGGACAUGUUGAGUCCCACCAACAACAAACUGACAGACGUGUUGGAGGAGGCUAACAAACUGUUUGCAGAAGUCCGUCAGGCCCGCGAAGCAGCUCUCGACGCUCAGCUCCUGGUGCUGGCUACAGACCUGGGGAAGGAGAAGGCCAGCCAGCUACAGGCUGAGGGAUCAGCCUUCGAUCCCUCAGCCUUCGCCGAACACCUGUUGUCGUUCAUGGGUUUGAAUCGCCUGGAGGAUGAAGAUGAGGAGGAGGAGGGUGGUGGUGCGAGCGGUGGCUACCUCCCCCAGGACGCGUGGCAGAAGGUGGCUACUAGAGCUCAAUGCUGCUUCAGGACUGCUCCCUCCUUCCACUACAUGAUGGGAUCGUUCCUGGCUGAGUUGCCUCCGCCUCGCCAGAGGGUAGAGAGACAGAAGAAAGUUCCCGGGAGGGAAGCCAAGAGGAUCAUGCCCACUCAGUUGAGGAGGAUGGAGGAGUCUCACCAGGAAGCUACAGAGAAGGAGGUAGAGAGGAUUCUGGGAUACCUGCAGGGCUACUUCAAUGACGACCCCACAUCUCCCAUCUCCUACUAUGAGUUUGUCAUAGACCCCACCUCCUUCUCCCGCUCGGUGGAGAACAUCUUCCACACCUCCUUCCUGGUCAGGGAUGGUGUGGCGAGGAUGUACCUGGACCACGAUAAACUUCCUUGUAUCGCUCCUGUAGAAGAAGGGGAGGUGGAGGCUGGUGGAACAUCCAGCAGACAGCAGUGUGUCAUCUCUAUCAGCCCCAAGAGUUGGAAGGAGAUAAUUGAGGUCUUUAGUAUCAGCGAGCCUCUGAUCCACCCUCCCAUCACACAGAAUGAUUACUGCUCUUUUUUUUUUUUUUAAACAUCAUCAUCUUAUUGACUUUAACUCUAAACGCUGUAAAUAUUUUGUUUUCUAUAAAUAGUUGUCGUUCACACUUUUUAAAUUCAUGACAUUUAUUUGAUUAAAAAGAGAGAACCGAACUCAGUGAUUUGUUGUUUUGUUUUGUUUUUUUAACGUCAAGGAAGAGAAGAAAGCUCGUAUAUCCACGUGACUGAGGGUAGAUUGCCUCUGCCUUGUCUUUAGAUUAGACUUACCUAUAAGGAUCGGGGUUGGGGAUAUUGUAUUCUCUGAUAAUGACAGGAAAAUCUUCUAUGAACAAAUGCCUUUUAUACGCAAAGUGUGUUGUCCUAUAUUUAAUAUUUAAUGUUUACCCCCCCCGCAGGAGGCCUUUUGGUAGGCCGUCAUUUUAAAUAACAAUUUGUUCUUAAAUGACUUGCCUAGUUAAAUAAAGGUUAAAUAUAUAAACAAUUCUGCAAAGUACACCCCACCCACCCCCCCAUUAAAAAUAUAUAUUAACAAUAAAACAAGGACAUGCUAGCCAUGCUAGCCCAAUGACGACAUGUAGCCUACAGUAGAAAGUCAAGUAGCUAGCAUGUACAUCAUUCAAUAAUGCAAAAGGUCCAUAAAAGUGUAUUUUAUUUUAUUUUUUAUUUUACCUUUAUUUAACCAGGCAAGUCAGUUAAGAACAAAUUCUUAUUUUCAAUGACGGCCUAGGAACAGUGGGUUAACUGCCUUGUUCAGGAGCAGAACGACAGAUUUGUACCUUGUCAGCUCGGGGGUUUGAACUCGCAACCUUCCGGUUACUAGUCACACGCUCUAACCACUAGGCUACCCUGCCGCCCGUAUAAAUGACUGAUAUUUAAAGAUAUUACGGUAUACUGAUGGGAGACCAUUCCACUCCACUGUCAGUGACCCUAUACACCCAGUAGAAAUGUUUUAACAUAUAGGCUUGAUUUACAGUAACCUACCUCUUCCACAUAGACUAGAAUGGUGUAAUUCACUGUCCGUUGGGAUUCCAACCGCCGAUAAACCCCAUAGAAAAGGAGUCUUUUUGUCCCUGAGCAUGGCAGUUAACCCACUGUUCCCUGGGCGCCGAUGACGUGGAAGUUGAUUAAUUUGCAAAUAAAUUCAUUAAAAAUCCUACAA